GCACAGUAUUUUUAUUUUCUCAUUAAGUUUUUCAGUUAUUAUUCGAUAUCAUCGCAGAGCGGACGAGAAAAGAUAUUCCAGUGAGAAAUAAAAAAAAAAAUACAAAAAUAUUUAAAAACAAAAACAGAAGUAUCUAUUUAGUAUCUGAUAAUUGAAAACUUGAAUAUUUUCUCCAAUAAUGUUGAAGCAAUUGAUCGUUGCCCUAAUUGUGGCAUUAUGUUUAAUAAACACCUGCUCCGCAAUUAAGUGCUAUUCCUGCCGAUCGACAACCGAUCCCCGAUGCGCAGAUGAAAAAAUGGAUGAGGCACUUUUGAAACAAUUGAGACAAGUCGAUUGUGAUGCAGUUCCCAGGCUUACAAGCUUAUCCACCCCUCUGCCAGUGACCAAGUGCAACAAGGUCGUAACCAGGGAUCGCGCUGGGGUCAUUGUGUCACGAGACUGUCAAUUCGAAGAGUACGGAGAUGAUCCAAACAAAUGCUCAGUUAGCCACAGUCUACAAGUUGAAAGUUGUCAGAUUUGUAAAGGCGAUUUAUGUAAUUCCGCAACUGGUUACACUGCAAUGGGCGUUAUGACUUUGUUGGGAGUGUAUUUUAUGACUCUUGUACUUUAAAUGAAUGCUAAUUUAAUUUGAAUAUGCAACAGAAAAAGGUGCAUCAAAUUUUUUAAAGUUAUCAGAUUGGGAUACAUGUAUUUUUGUAUAAAUGUUAAUUGUUAAUUUAAUUGUCCAGAGCCGUAAGAGCAUUUAUUUUAUUUUCUCAGAAAAAACAAACAUUUCGUUUUAUUAUUACCUUUCUGCUAUGUGAAAAAGUACCUUAAUAAAUAUUGUCUUGGUGAUUUAUGCAUGUAAACAAAAAUAUGAGUCGCAAUAUAUUUAAUUAAAUUAUAUAACAUAAUGUAAAACCCCUUUUUAAAUAUUGAAAUAACUUAUUUGUAAAUAUUACAUGUAAAAUCUAGAUUUUGUCCAUUUUAAAAGUAUUGAACUGAGAAUAAAAAUAAAACAAUAAAAUCCA